UUCCAUUCCAAGUGGAAAAAACAAGAGAAAGCUUACGGCAAAUCCAAACAUUGAAGUGCUCAAAGCAGUGCGUCAAAAGACAAACCCCGAAGACGACGAAGAACCUUCUGAUUUUGUUACGGGAAAUACAAAUUUCAAGACUCCACAACCUAUUUUGUCGAAAAGUGCCCUUUCCACUUCUAGUUCUUCAAAAGGAAAGGGAAAAUCUGUACAAAUAUCCGAUGAACAGAAGAGAAUUCUAGAUUUAGUUGAUCAGACCGAUAUUGAAGAGCCAGAAAUAUUAGAUUUAACCGGAAUGCGUAAAAUGGUUAUAAAGUUUCAAAAAGCUUUAAGUAAAAAUCAAGAACUUCGCGUUAAAUAUCCCGAUGAUCCGACAAAGUUUAUGGAAUCAGAAACGGACCUUGAUCAAGAAAUCAAACACUUAUUAACUCUUACCGAAGUGCCUGAUCUAUAUUCUCAAGUAGUUGAAUUGGGAGCCGCAGCUUCUAUUGUGUCACUUUUAAGUCACGAAAAUACCGAUAUUACCAUAGAUGCGAUAGAACUAUUGAACGAAUUAACGGACGAAGAUGUUGUUGCGGAAAAUGACGAAAAUGCAAUGAAGAUUUUCAUUGAUUCAUUGCUUGAAAAUCAAGCGUUGGAACUUUUAGUUCAAAAUCUAGAUAGAUUAGAUGAAAAUGAAACUACUGAUAAGCAGGGAAUUUUCAAUACACUUGGCAUAAUUGAAAAUUUUACAUCAUUUGACCCCGCAAUAUCUGAGAGAGUUGUUCGAGACACGAAUUUACUACAAUGGAUACUUAAUAGAAUUAGAGUCAAAACAUUUGAUUCCAAUAAACAGUAUUGUAGUGAAUUGCUGGCAAUUUUAUUGCAAAACAGUCGAGUUAACAGGUUGAAACUUGGAGAGUUUGGUGGAAUUGACGUUUUGUUACAAGUGCUGAAUUCCUAUAAACGUAGAGAUCCAAAGGAUGCCGAUGAAACAGAAAUGAUGGAAAAUUUUUUCGAUGCGUUAUGUUUAGCAUUGGAAGAGUCAGAAAAUAAACAAAGAUUUCUGGAAGGCGAAGGUGUCGAACUGAUGUUAAUUAUGAUGAAAGAAAAAAUGAUGUCUCGCAUGCGUUCGUUAAAAGUAUUGGAUCAUGCAUUGUCAUCACCUGAUGGGUUGAAAAGCUGCGAACGUUUUGUAGAAAUAUUUGGGCUUAAGACGCUCUUUUCUACUUUUAUGCGUAAGGGUUUAAAAAAGCUCAAAAGGUCUUAUAAAGCGUUCUCCGAAGUCGAAGAAGAAGAACAUGUAAUGGGAAUAAUUGUUUCGUUAUUAAAAAGCCUUCCACGCGAUAGCGAAGCUCGAAUGCGACUGAUAAAUAAAUUUAUUGAAAAUGAUUACGAAAAAGUGGACAGAUUAUUGGAAAUGAGAGAAAGUUAUGAAGCUAAAGUGGCAAUCAUUAAUAAGGAGAUUGAAGAAGAAAAAGAGGAUUUAGAAGAUGAUGAUGGUGAAAUGGAAGAACAUUAUUUAAGACAGAGAUUGGAUGGAGGAUUGUUUACUUUACAGUACGUGGAUCUUACAAUUGCGUGGAUUUGUCACGAGGAGCCUACGAUCAAAGACCAUGUUCGAAUCCUUUUAAAUCGGACAGGACGUAGCUUAUCUAAUGUAAAGACUGUUUUAGAAGAGUAUUACAAAAACAUAGGCGAUGAUGAUCAGGUUAGGGCUGAAGCAAAUAACGAGGAUCAUGUUUCCAGUGAAAAGGUCAAUAAUUCGAUGGACGUAGACAACGAAUCAUUAAUUUUAACAAAGACAAGUGACACUUUAAAGGAGAGAGUAUUGAAAGAAAAGCAAAUAGUUGAAAUGUUGAUUGGUUCAUUAUAA